GUAUGUUGAUGACCUCCUGCCAUGUUCACAGAGCUCGUUAUUCCUCCGAUGCGCCUCUGAAUUAGAGUGAUCAGACCGAAACCACGAACAGCUCCUAUAUCGAGCAGCCCCCAUGGCUCCGUCGCGGCCCGACGAUUCCAAGGUCAAAAAGCAGUUCGGCUUCCCCCUCUUCUGCGGCGCGUGGGCGCCCACGAAGGGCCCAGCGGCGGGCGCGCAGAGCGCGGAGGGGCUGGUGGUGCUGGCGGGGGGCGGCGGCGCGGGGCGGCACGGCAUUAAGAGCAAGAUCAUCGCGUGCAAAUACAGCUUCUCCGCCAACGAGCUGUCGGACGAGGUGUUCAGCCUGUCAACAGGCGCCAACCCCGCGUUCAAGAUUACUGCGCACCCCAACGGCGACGGGCUCAUCGCCGCCUUCGGUGACGCCUGCCGCCUGUUCGAAGUGAGGCCCCAGGAGGAGGAGCAGCAGAAAGGCGGCGGUGAGGCAGGCACAGAGGGAAAGGAGGGGAGUGAGGAGGGCGGAGUGCCGCUGGAGCAGCUGCAGCUGGUGCAGAGCGCUGUGCAGCUGAAUGCAGGAGAGGAGAAAGGGAGGGGGGAGAGGGGAGGAAAGGAGGAGGAGGAGGAGAAGGUUGCGGAGGUGAAAUGUCUGUUGUUCAGUGCGGAUGGGUGCAGAGUGGUGGCGGGGAGUGAGGAUGGGCGGCUGCGGGUGUUUGAGUGGCCGAGUAUGGAGGUGGCGAUGGAGGUGCCGCGCGCUCACACGUCGUCGCUGAGAGACGCGGACAUCAACCUGGACGGGUCGCUGGUGGCGACGACAGCGGAUGCGGGGCCGCUGAGGGUGUGGAGCGUGCGCAAGGGGACGGCUGUUGCCACUCUCUCCAUUGCUGAGGGCGGGGCGCGCUUUGGUCUCUGCCGCUUCUCCCGAGACCCCUCCAAGCCGCUGCUCUACUCCACCUGCGUCAAGGCGGGCAAGGGGUGGGUGGUGGUGUGGGAGACGGCAGCGUGGCGGCGAGUGGCAGUGAGGAAGAUCCACAAUGACCCCAUCUCCGCCUUUGCUAUCAGCCCCGACUCCACGCUGCUUGCCACGGGCACGCCAGAGGGCAACGUGUUCAUAGUGGAUGCUCGCACGCUGAGCGUGAGGCAGAGGGUGGUGGGAGCGCACCUUGUCUUUGUCACCGGCCUUGAUUUCGCCCCCAACUCCAGGGCGCUGCUAUCUGUCUCUGGUGACUCCAGUGCGCGAGUCACUGCUGUCGCUGCCAAGCCUGCGGGCCAAGCCUGGGUGGCUAUGCUCAUCCUCACCGCCCUCGGCCUCCUCGCCCUCGCGCUCCUCCUCUCCGCCUCGGACCUCGUGCACCAACUGCUGGGCCCGGAGUACUCCCCCUACCUGCACCUCCUCUCAUCCUACCUGCAGCUCUUCUCGGCCUAUGUGCGGCACCUCUUUCGCUACCUGGACCUCCUCCUGGUCUAUCUGCGGCAGCUCUCCCCCUACUUAAAGCAGCUCCUCCUCUACCUGCAAGAACUCUCUCUCCAGCUACGAGGCCUACUGGGCGCGGGGCAGCAGAUGCAGUGAGCGGAGGCGAGCUGCAGCAGCCAGGGGGCAGGCCUGCUUAGUCCGCACCUCUCCCCGUACCUGAAGGACCUUGUCCCCGUACCUGAAGGGCCUUGUCCCCCAUACCUGAAGGGCCUUGUCCCCGUACCUGAAGGGCCUUGUCGCCUACCUGCAAGCUUUUUCUCAUCGCCUUCAGAAACUUGAGUCCAGGUGCCUUGGCGUACCGGAGCUAGUGCAGUGCAGCACAGGGAGUGAGAGGGGGGGGGAGGGUGAUGGAGUGACAGUCAUGCACUUAGAUGGUUUUUUAGUCGACUCUCCCGGCGCCUUGGCUUACCACGGAUGGAUGGCGCAACGCAGGGUGUGAGAGACGAGGGGGUGGUAGUUGUCAAACAUAUAUGCAUAUGUUAUUAUAGGCUGGAUAGGUGCGUACUCUUAGAGAGAACAACACAGUAGCACAAAACCACACUGUACCCUUCUAUUCUAACCAUUCGUUACCUU